UCGAUCGCGCUAAAACAUUAGUUUUUGUUGACCAAAGGGCAUCUAUGUUUAACCGGUGAACAGUUGACGAUCGAAUCUCUGCUUCUCACGUUUACGCACUGCGCACUGCAGUUGCUACGAUGACGACGGAUGGUGUAAAAACGGAGCGCAACCUAGCGAUGGUGGCCGACGACAGCACAAACGAUGCAAGUGGCGCUAGCGUUAAUAGCGUCAGCGGUGCCGGCGGGGGCGGCGGUGGCAGUGGAAAUGCCGCCGGAACGCCAAAAGAAUCGGCAAAAUCACAAAGCGUCCGCCGGACGGUGGCAAAGCCGACAUUCGAAAAGGAUAAACACAGCUUCCUUUGUGAUUUGCAAAUGUUCCACGAUAAGAAUGGAACGCCUUAUUUGAAGCUCCCGAAGAUAAGUGGCAAGGAAGUCGAUCUGCACAAACUAUACUCGAUAGUUAUAGGCCGUGGUGGGUGGAUGAAGGUCAACGCACGGGAGGACUGGGAUGAAGUAAUCGAAGAAUUGGAACUUCCGACCCGCUGCGUCAACAAUGAAAUAGCCCUGAAACAAAUCUACAUACGCUUCCUGGACAAGUACGAGCGGGUCAACUUUCACGGUGAAGAUAAAGAUCCGGCCGAAGACGAAGAUGAUGAAAAGCGACUCCAUAGACGCUGGUCCGUCCGGCUGCUUCACUCCACUCCAACCGUAUACAAUCAUCAUCAACACAACGUGCCAGAGGCGCUGCGGUCAUCGUUGAAACUCUCCGACGACCUUUACCGAGCGUCCGAGUACGAUAAGUUGAUCCUUUCGUUGCUUUCCCCGCUCCCGAACGAGCAGGACUUUGCGAUCAACGUGUGCACGCUGAUGUCGAACGAGAACAAACACACCCUGAAAGUGGACAAGUGCCCCCGGUUGAUAUACGCUUUGCUGGCCCAUGCAGGAGUUUUCAACCAUUUUACCCUGCGGGACACGUUUGAUGAGUACUACUCGAACAUCCGUAAGAACUCGCUGCAACGCUUCUGGAAGGAAUGUUUGUUCGAGAAACCGCAAGUCCUCGAGCUAUCGCUGGAAGACUGUUUCGCCAAAAUGGAGACCGAUCCGAGUGCUCUCAUCGCUUCCAUAUAUCAGGAUGAUCCUGAGGAGCAGAAUACAAGUAAAUCGAUCGAUUCCAACGGAGACGAAGAGAUGGAUUGUGACGAGGUCGAUAGUGGUGGCAUCAUGGAUGGCCGGUUGAACACUGCCACCUUACGUUCGUUUCUCAGUGUUGGCACCGGGUUGGGAACGAAUGAUUACAUCGGUCAGCGGGUAUUGCAGGUUGCGUCCAUCUUUCGCAAUCUAAGCUUCAACGAAGAGAACCUGCAAACACUGGGGCGCAAUCGGACGUUUAUACGGUUUCUCAUCAUGUGCUCGAACUCGCGCUGGAACAACCUACACCAUCUCGGACUCGAUAUGCUGGGAAACGUUGCCCACGAUAUCGACGUAAACGACCCACAAUCGGACGAAGUCACGCGCUGCCUACUGUACACGCUCACGGAAGGUUUGGAAGGUGCUGACCGGGGAGUGAUCAUCAGCUGCCUCGAGGUGUUGAGUAAAAUCGCCCAGAAGGAAUCGAACGAGGACAACCUUAACCGGUGCCUUAAUCAAAAGCUGUACGAGCAGAUCUGUUUAUUCCUCUGUCUCAACGAUAUCAUGCUGUUGCUCUACACGCUGGAGUGCAUUUACUCGCUCACGUCAAUGGGAGAACGUCCUUGCAACGCGAUCAUGCACAUCCGGGGCGUUGUCGAUACGCUCGUCUCGCUAGUAACGGUCGAAGCGCAAAGUUACGGACCCGAGGCGUGCAUUCUGAUGCGUGUCGUUGAAACCAUCCCCGGGAACAUGCCCGGACUUCACGGGCAGGGUGUGCAUUAUCAAAACGCGGCAGCACCGAUGAUGGCCAGCGCACCACCCCCGACGAUGGCACAGCUUACGGUACACAAGGACGCUCACGGUGGGAUCGUACCGGGAGUCAACAACAACAACAACAACCCGCACGUUGUAUAUCCCGCUCCGGACGUCCCGAAGCUACCUUCCCUCACGAAACCGGUGCCAUCACCACCGAUUAUCACACAACAGACCCCACAGCAGCAGGUUGUCGUCCAAGGUUCGCAACAAACCAUCCAAGGUCAUCAUACCGUUUCGAAUAGUCAAAUGGUGAGCGGUGGUCGUCCAGUGGCAAGCGAUUCCCCGCAUCAACCGACGGUUGUAUCUUCUCGCUCGGAACAAGGCACAACAACAGCCCCCAGUCUUCAUCCUUCGACCCCUCCUUCGCCCGUCGUUAACGCGAGCGUCAGCGCCCAGGGUAGCGGUUCGAUGAGCGUACAACCGAACACUUCCGGAAAUGUGACUAUUCAGUCCCCGGUUAACGUCGCCUCGAAGCAACUGCAACAGCAGCAAGCGCACGACAGUGAACAGUUUGCCUAUGCAUGGCUGCGAGCCACUUUUGAGGCUGCACCGGCCGUUCGGAUAGAGCAACAGGAGCUGUACAAACUCUACCUUGCCACCAACGGGAAGCUUGGCCGGAAGGUCGUUGUUACGCAACCCCUCUUUCCCCGCUGCGUGCGUGCUGUGUUCGGAAGUACUGUGGGACCGGUGCAGCUCAAACUGGAACAGAAUGGCAUCGAAACAGUGGGAUACUACUACGAGGGACUGAGACUGCGUCCCAAACCAUUGCCCAUCGUUCACAAGGGAAAUAUUCUGCCCCAGCCACAGUAUAUCCAGGCGGCCGCCCCAUCGUCACCCCUGCUACAGCAGGUGCUGAGUGGUGAGCAGAAGAAUAACGUGAUCGUGCUGAACCAGACGACCAUUUCGCCGCAUCCGGUCGGCGCCAUGCACACGACCCAGGGGCAUCAUCAUCAGACCGGCACCGGCACGACGACGAUCAUGAACCAGUCGGGCACGAUCUCGUCCACCACGACGAACCCGUCGGCGCUGAUCAAGAGCCUACUGGCGAACAAGGUAACGACGGCGGUCACUGAUAGUGCUGGUGCUCCCGCUAAUGCUGCCGCUGCCGCUGUUGCUGCUCCCACCUUCUCCAGUAGUUUGUCUACUACUACCACUAUCACCACCAACUCUCCUACUACCAAUUGUUUGAAACCAACGAAUGUUAAUCUGCAUCAGGUUGCCCAAAGACAGCAGCUUCAGAAGCAAAAGCAGUUGAUCGAGCAAAAGCUCAUCCCGAGCACGAACGCAUCGGUCGUGGUGACCUCGAACAAUCCAAACAACCUCACCAACAUCAAGGUGGGCAACUCGACCAUCUCCAUCAAACCGGGCACACUGCCAACGAAUACCGUCAUCACCGCGACGAAUCCUCACGAGACGCACAACGCCCAACCGCCCCCGCUGGCUCCGCUAAGCCAGCCUGGCGUCAGCGGCCAGGGUACAAUCAUCAAAACGAUCGUGGCCGAGCCGUCACCGAUCAGCACCGUCACCGGUAGUAAGCUGCUCCCGAACAAGGUGCUCUCGGAGUUGCUUGAGAAGAAACCGGGCGAAAUGAUUAUCGCCGGCGAAACGACCAUCAAGCGAAAGAUCGACACGACGGUGGACGUGUCGGUGGAACCGCCCACGAAGCGUCUUGAACCGGGCGAGGUGUACAUCAAGGUGACACCGAAGGCGGCCGACCUGUACGCCGAGCUGGCCGGCUCGAUCCUGGAAGGGGAAGAGCUAGAGGAUGCCGAACUGCGCGCCACCAGGGAAGCGGAACUGCAGGCACAGCAGCAGCAGCAACAACAAGUUAUAACGAUGCCAGUUUCGAUGCAACGGCAGAUUAUUGUGACACCAACGAACAACUCACAACAGAUGAUUAUAUCAACGCCGGGCAAUGCCGGGACAUCGUCCCAUCCGCAACACCAGCUAACCUCACAAACGACGGCCACCAUCAAGACGGACAGUGGCUACCAGACCGUACCGAUUAUCCUUCAGCACAACACGAUGUCGAACCAGUUGCAGAUACAAAAAACAUCCACACCCGGAGGUGGCAUGAUACAACCCGGUACGGUCAUAUCAGCCCAACACCAACCACAACCGACGCAGUACAUCCUUGCCACGAACCCUCAGGGACAAACGUACGUGGUGGCCCAACAGCCUCAACCACAGCCGCAGCUUCAACAAACGGUGCUGCUCGCACAAGGUCAACAGCAUGGAGGGGCGGGCCAGAAAACGAUCAUCAUCGUACAGCAACAGCCCCAGUCGAACGUAGGGGGAACCACCGGAGGAACCGUGCAACAGAUUGCCAUGCAAUCGCACCCGGGAUCAUCGACGGCGAUGGGACAGACGACUCAGAAGAUCUUCGUCAAUCAACAGGGCCAGCAGAUCCUUAUGACGCAGCUCCCGCGGCAAAUGAUUGUGAGUCACGCAGGAUCAUCCACGCCCGGCACGACCAUCAUAACGUCCAGCGCACCGAGUACGAUGACAGCGGCGGCUGCGACUGGUAUGUUGACCACGGCCGGCCCUAGCUCACACCACGGCGGGGGUACCAUCAUCGAGAAGAAGCCCAUCUACAUUACCACGAACGCGCAGGGGAACACGAUCAGCUUCGAAGGACCUAUUCAGCAGCAGUUGCAGAUGCAAGCGUCCGGUGCGGUGGGUGGUGGUUCGUUUCAGAUCAAACCGAUCAACACGACCACCCAAGGUGGCCAGCAGCAGACGAUCCAGUUCAUCCAGCAGGGACAGCAGAUACAGGCAAUUCCGCAAACGACGGCACAAACGACGCAACAGAUCGUGUUCCAGACACACGGCGGUGGCAGUGGUGCACCACAGAUUAUCCAGCAACAGAUUAUUCAACCGGCGAGCGGUCAGCAACCGCAACAGAUGGUUCAUAAGGUGCUCCAGCAACAGCAGCAGCAGCAGCUGGUACAAGGGGUAAAGCCAAACCCAUCGCAGAUCAUUACCGUUCAGCAGAAGCAACCGACGGUUACGACGAUCAGUCAUCAGCAACAUUUACAGCAACAACAGCAACAACAGCAACAACAGCAACAACAGCAACAAAUUCACCAUCAGCAGCUACCUCAAACUAUCUCGAUCCAAAGGCAACAAACGAUGAAACCGGUCGCCGUACCGAACGUAGGUCCGACGUUGGUAUCCUCGAUUCCACCACCUGCCGGCCAACAGCAGCUUCCAACGGCAAAGCCGCAGAUCAUCCAGGUCGUUCAGCAGAAACUAUCGGGAGGUGGGCCGCCACCGCCGCAAACCAUGAACGUCUCGGGAACACAACACCAUCAGCGCCCAGCUGGAGCAUCACCGGUAAGCCAGCAGCAGACGAUAGUAGUCACUCCAAGUAGCAGCAGCAACAACCUGUACUCCCAGACUACGAUCACGCAAACGAUCGUUUCCAAUGCUUCGAGUGGACCCACGCCAACUCCGGCUCCAAUUCCAUCAAUCUCCGUCACACCGAUUGUACAAACCACCGUCACGCCGGCAUCUGGUCAACCGAGUGGAAGUCCCGUCGUCACAGCCACAUCCGCCACAAGCGGUCGUCCGAUAGUGGCAUCAUCAUCUCCACACAGUACAACGAACGUGGUGCCGAACGUCGCUGGCCAUUCUCAGUCAACACCGACGGUUGCAUCAUCAACCGUCGGGACAAGUCAGGUGGCGAAUGCUGCUGCUACUGCUCCACCUUCGACGAGUGUCGUGACCAGCCCGACACCUAAUCCCACGUCCAGCGGUGGUGGUAUCACCGUACAGAUGAUUCCCGCCAUGGAUCCGAGCAAAAUUGUCGAAGAGGACGUCGAGCCGAACUGGCCAUGGGUGUGCGAUUGGCGGGGUUGCCCGCGCAAAAAGUUUCAAUCGGCCAUGGACGUGUUUCGGCACGCUUGCAACGUACACUGUCCCGAUACGGUCGACGUGAGCGCGGACAUCUACUGCCAGUGGGGCCCAGGGCCGAAUCUGUGCGACAAUUUGCCCCGCAAGCGGUUCUCGCUGAUGACGCACAUUCUCGAUCGACACUGCACGGCCGAGUCCUUCAAGGCGGCCGUUCAACGUCGACUUGCCGGUGGACCGCAACAACCGAGCCAGCCUUAUCCGGUGACGCUCGUUCGACAGCCGGGUCAGGGUAGUGCAAACAACGUCAUGAUAGCGAACACUUCGAGCCCAAGCUCCACCAGUGGCUCCUCCAGUGUUGGCGAGCGGGGCUCACCAGCACCUGCAUCGUGCACGAAGGUCGAUGGAACCGACAGUGGCGGCUCCUCGUCCAACGGGCCGGGACAACUUUCAGCCGCCGGUCCGGCGGCACUGCAUGCCAUCAAGCGCCAUUCGAUGGAUUACGUCAAUUCGAAAGAAUUUCAGGAUGAAAUGGAAGGUCCGGUGACGAAGAGCAUCCGUCUAACAUCCGCUCUGAUCCUGCGAAAUCUGGUCGUUUAUACCAACUCGGCAAAGAGGCACCUUCGAAUGUACGAAUCACACCUGGCCGGGGUAGCGCUGAGUAGCGUCGAGUCAAGCCGCACCGUGGCGCAACUACUGUUCGAAAUGAACGAUACUGGGCCGAACUACUAGAGUUCUAGCAACGCCGUACCACGCUCCGGUACGCUCCAAAGCGAUCGGAAAUUGAGAAGUAUUUUUUUAUGAUUCCUUUACUUUGGGAUGCAUUUCAAACAGAAUUAAUGUUUUACUUUUUAUGUUUUACGUUUGCGACCGAAUAGAGAGAUUAAAGGUAUAGGAAUAGGCAGGAACAAAGUCAAAGAAUGUUAAUAAACCAUUUUAAGAAGCAACACGUGCUACAAACGAAACAAAUCAUUGUGCUUAUGUAACUCGAAAUAAACAUAGGGUAGCGAAAGAUAAUCAAAUCAAAGGUGUCUCCUACGGAGUGACAACCGAACAUGAGUCACUUGUAAGUCCCUUUUCCUCGAAUUUUUCCCAUGUCAAGUCGCACAGUCAAUGUCUCAACCGAAACUGUGUCGAAGGAACCGUCCGACAAUUUAAUUAGGAAUGGAAAUUCUAAUUGCAGCUCAUGUUCGCUUUAUCAAACCGAUACGGCAAACUGGCUGAUGACUCGUACAAUAACUUGUGCCGGUAUGAUAGAUAAAAGCAGUCAAACUGCCAUCGCCUGGACUUGUAACGGGUUGUUAACUUGACCUCCAUUUUUCGACAAACAACAUGCAGUAGUGUAGUACACUCGGCGCAGUAAAGAGGAUUCUUUUUCAAAAUUUCUGAUGACCGUUCAGCGGGCCAGAUUCAAUGGGAAUAUGUGUGAUUUCAGGGGCAGGGAUGACGAAAGAAGAUGAAAAAAAUAGUUGAAAAUCCCUUUGGCUGACAUUUGUGGCAUUUUUCUUUCGUUCCUAAUAUCCCACGACAAAAAUAAAAUAAAAUGCCCAUCAGGUUGAA